AUGGAAGAUCUCUUCGGCCUCGCCGCUAUCGACAUUGACUCUAUCGUCGGCGUCGUCAAUCCGAAUCAGCCAUGUCUCCCACUUCUUAUCUCCUCUACACUUCUUCAAUUGAAGAAGGCAUUUAUCACCCAUUUGAGGCGAUUCCUCCAAGAGGAGUAUCCGGGAUCCAAAUUGAAGUUGAUCGGCUCCUCGGUGAGUGGCUUCGCAACAAAAUCCAGUGAUCUGGGUCUCACAAUGGUGUUUGCCGAAGGUAGCCGAGAGGCAGACACUUGGAGGAGUGGAGCAAAAGAUGAUCAAAUUAAGGCAAGAUCACUCCACCAAUUCUUCUCCUCAGCACGCGCAAAACCCUCCAUCCACCCACUCACUCGCUCACUUGCCAUUUUCUCUCUCUGUAGGCGCUCAUGGAAAUAUACUCAAAGCUGA